CAAUCGGCGAGUCAUUCUCGUUUUGGUCCAUUAUAUCGGCUGUAGGUUUGUCAAAAAUGGCGGAAGGUCAGGAUAGUGCUAAAAAGAUAAAUGUGACAGUGAAAACGCCGAAAGACAAAGUGACUGUUGAAGUUGAGGAAAAUGCAUCGAUUAAAGAUUUCAAGGUGCUGGUGGCAGGCAAGUUCAAUGCCCAGCCGGAGCAGCUUUGCCUAAUCUUUGCUGGCAAGAUCAUGAAAGAUGGUGAAACUCUAGGAACUCACAAUAUCAAGGAUGGCCUUACCGUACAUCUGGUGAUUAAAGCUAAUACUCCGGCCAGUGAAGCUCCUCCGGCUAACAAUGCUGCUUCCCCACCUGCAGCUAGGCCUGAUGUGGCAGCGACACCUUUUGGUCUUGGAGCUCUGGGAGGACUAGGUGGCUUAGAGGCUCUAGGUAUGGGCUCUGGUAGUCUGUUGGAGAUGCAGCAGAACAUGCAGCGAGAGUUGUUGCGCAACCCUGACAUGUUGCGGACAUUGAUGGACAACCCCCUGGUGCAGCAGAUCAUGGGUGACCCUAACAAUAUGCGGCAAUUGAUUCUCUCCAACCCUCAGAUGCAGGAGCUUAUUGAGCGUAACCCGGAGAUCAACCACCUGUUGAACAACCCAGACUUGCUACGGCAGACGAUGGACAUGGCCCGUAACCCAGCCAUGCUGCAAGAACUAAUGAGAUCUCAGGAUAGAGCCAUGUCAAAUCUAGAGUCAAUCCCUGGAGGAUAUAACGCUCUGCAGCGAAUGUAUCGAGACAUCCAGGAGCCGAUGUUAAAUGCAGCCACUGAACAGUUCAGUCGCAACCCUUACGCUGUUCCUGGAAGUAACCCUGAUGCGGCAUCUAACCCGCAGCAAGGGCAGGAGAACAGAGACCCGUUGCCUAACCCUUGGGGCGGAGGUACACCAGGGACUGGUGCUGGGGCGGGGGGUAGAGAGGGGGCCACAAGGGGUACGACGCCCCCCUCCAUGCAGUCUCUCAUGGGACAGAUGAUGGAAAACCCUCAGUUAAUGCAGAACAUGAUGAGUGCUCCCUACACCCAGUCACUGAUACAAGCACUGGCAGCGGACCCUAGUUUGGCUCAGAACAUAAUGGCCAACAACCCACUGUUGGCUGGCAACCCUGCGCUGCAGAGUCAAAUGAGGGAGAUGAUGCCCACUCUACUGCAGCAGAUGCAGAAUCCUGCCAUGCAACAACUGAUGACUAACCCUGAGGCUCUGAGGGCUGUACAACAGAUACAACAGGGAAUGGAACAGUUGUACACGACUGUGCCAGGACUGGCCAACACACUAGGCACAAUGGGUCAGUCUAUUCCUCCAGGGACACCAGGCACCACGCCUGCCCCAGACUCCACCACACCCUCAACUAACACCACAAGCAACACCACAGGCACCACAGGGACACCAGCUGCACCUGCAGCACCGGCAGCACCAGCUGCACCUGCAGGACAGGACAUGUUUUCACAAUUUAUGGCUAGAAUGGUUGCGGGUAUGGCAGGUCAAGGCCCCAACGCUUCCAGUCAACCCCCGGAGGAGAGGUACCGUAGUCAACUGGAACAACUCACUGCUAUGGGCUUUGUCAACAGGGAGGCUAAUCUGCAAGCCCUGAUAGCAACAUUUGGAGACAUCAAUGCUGCUGUAGAAAGGCUUCUGUCAAACAGUCAGCUGACACACAGCUAACAUUCCGACGUUCAUCCGACAAGUCUCACUGAAGAGUUUUUUAUUGACUGAAUUAGUUACCUUCUGACACGCUAAUCCAAAUUAUACAAUAUUCAUACCGGAAAAGCCUAUAGUUAUUUUAUGAAAUGUUUAUCUAUUAAUUUUAAGGCUAUAUUUUGGAUUUAUUAUACCAAUUUUAACGCAGCUGUGUGUAUAGGAAGGAUUAGAAAUCUUUUAUAUUUUUUUUCUGCCAUACUAUAAAUUGCUACAGUGAUCAUUUUACAAAUUCUUUGAUAACAGGUAAAAUAUUGUUAUUUCAACUCUUUGUCGUGUUGUUGAGUUGAUUUGAAUUUUUCCUGCUUGUGAUGUUGUUGUUGAUUAUAUUAUUUUAUUUUAUGUAAGUUAACCAAUUGUCAACUGUAGAGUGGUUUUAAUAUACUUAGUAAAAAAGUUAUUCCGCAAUCAUGCCUUUAUUUAGUUUAUCAACAUUCUGUGUGUAAUGUUGUAGAUGCUAAGCUAUACUGGAUUGGCGUUGUCAUUUUCUCUUUAAGUCUUUGAACUUUUCUCCUGAUAAGUGUUGUGUGGAUUGUCAAAUUGAUUUCUUUUUGUCUGAUCAAGGUUAACUAAAGAAAUUGGUUAUAAUUCCAUACUAAACCAAGAAUAUCAUUUAUAGUUAGUGUAAAAUAAACAAUAAAACAACUAAAAUGUUAACUUUAAUUAUAAGGAAUGCUAUGGUAAGCAUUUUUAUACACCUAUAUGUUUGGCAAGUAGGUUUAGUUUGUAAUUUACCAACCAGUUGAGUUACAAGCAUUUUUAUUUGGUGCAAGAUAGUAAACGGAGUUCAUUUGCAUAUUUUUGACAAACAAUUACCACAUAAUUCCUCACUCAUUAUUAACAUCAAAAAGUUAAAUUUUAUUUUACAAUUUCUGGAACUUUCAAUGGUAUUAUAGAUGUUGGUGCUUUUUCAGAACAUCAGUAAUUCACUGACUUUGAUAAUCCACAAAACUCACCGUUUAAACUCAAGCAUCUUUCCCUAGUGUUACAAAUACAUUGUAAGUUUUUGAAAAGAAAGCGUGAAUGAUGGGGUGUAGAAUGUAUCUAUAUUAAUUAAAGGAAUAUUUUUCUUUUUGUGAAA